AUGUACACAGCAUGGAGUGCUGCUUGGUCCCGCGGGGCCCCAGAAACUCUCCAGCUUUUUUACCCCGAGCAAUUGGCCGAUUGCGGGGCUGUCCAAGGUUCCAACUCUUGUCGUGAUCUUGUUCGUUCUAUUCUGUAUCUUUCCCGAGCGGUGCAGAACUACCUAGUACUGCUUGCUGAAUCGGUGGGUAUCCAAACUUGCACAUACGAUCUGCUUAGUUCACACAUCCGUCUGCCAAGCAAUCGAAAGCUCAACCUCGAACUCAUCUCAUCAGCACAUGGAUCCAAACUUCACAACACAACACGCACCAAUCUCCGACAGAAUGCCACACUACGACACGGAAUGGUUCGAUUCCCUAGUCACAGCAGCCGGACGAAGCCUGCCAAAAACCCCAAUUCAGUGGGUCUUCCUCCCGCCCUCCGUCACUACCUCAGCAACGAAUUAACUGAUCUCAACGUAGAGGUUCCUGAAUCAUUCACUUUCAGGCAGUUAACAGGAUUAGCUGGGAGGUACCUCAACAAGAACCUCACCACCAGCACCUCCGGAAGACCUACCCGACAGCAAUUCACCCUAGCAGUUCUCACGUGCCUACUUCUCAAAGACCGAAUCGCACCCGAUCAAGAUUCAACAAGUGCAGACGAGAACACUUCAGAAAACGAAGAUGGCGAGGAUAGCCUCUCACCAGGAACCCGCCUAGCUCGCUCCAUAGCACGAGCAAUCUCCCCCGUCUUCCCUCAAAAACCAAACAGCCACUCGAACGACCUCGACGACUCCAAUACCCAACUCCGCGCUCACCUCACCACCCAAUGCCUAGCAGCCGCCGACGCAGGCUUCAGAGUCCUCGAGCUCCUCGCCUCGCGUGGUCCAGAGAAUCUUGACAACCCUGACGUCCUCGUCACGCUGAUCGCCUACACCAAUCCCACCGAGGAAUGGACGACUCCCGAGCUAGCGGCUCGCGCCACCCUAAUCCUUCAGCAACACCUCGAUUCCGCCGAAAAGUCCAACUCUAAGAAACAAGACUUCAUAACAACCCACAUCCUCCCCACCUACCUCCGCCCCCUCUUCUCUCGCUCCUCCCCUUCCCAACCACUCAUCACCCCCUCGGGCCGCCCAUCCGCCUACGGUCAAAACCCCGACGCCCGACCUUCUGGCCUUCCCGAUGACUCGAGCAAGACCAAACCGUGGAAAUUCGUCGAUCUGCGUGCCAUUACUGUGUUUGACUGGACUGUUUCUGAAGCGGACGAGGAAUCGACAAUUACCAACUCUUGGCCGCUCUUCAUUCCGGUGCUGCUGACGCUGGCGGAUGAUAACUCCACUUCCGUUCGAAGAAGAGGGCUGGUAAUUCUGAAGAAAUUCUUGGACAAGUUCCCGAAUAGAAUUUUGAAUCAGACAGGGCUGAACAAAGUGUUUGAGGAUACGGUUCUGCCUACUUUGAGUUAUCUGCCUAGUAUCACGCCGGAGGACGAGUCAGUGCAGUUGCUUGGGCCGGCGUAUGCGGUGUUGAGGCGUUUGGCGGGGAAGCUGAGUGGAGAGAAGAAGAACAAGUUGCUGGAUAGAGUGGUCAGGGAGGGAAUAUUGCUAGGGUAUUUCCAUGCUAAGGAGUAUGUGAGGAUCGUUGAGGUGUUGUGUCGGGAGAUGGGAGAGGUACUGAUGGAGAUGGGGGUUAAUGCGGUUAAGCAUCUCAAGGAUAUCAUCCCCAUGCUCUCGACAAUCUUAACGGAUCCAUUCGCCUCCCUUCAUCCCCCAACCCUACUAUCAGCUAUCAAAGCCCUUCAAGUUGUCCUCGCAACAUGUUGGCCUCGGAUCCCCAACUCGCCUUGGCAGGGUGAGAUUAUCAAUUCCCUGGUGCUCUGCUGGCUCAAUCUUCACGCCUCUGAUUCCUUGGAAGACACCUUCCCGGCGAUUAGACAGGCACUCGUUCACACAGCAGACGCCCUCGCAGCUGUCCUGGCUACGGAGGUGGAGGAGGGCAAGCCGGCCAUCAGUCUCUCCGAAGUCGUCGAACCGCUAGUGGCGAAAGAACCUUGUCUUUCCCAGCUCUUCUCCGCGGCGUCGAACGAGGAACAAGAUUCGGGGUUGGAGUGUUGACGUUGUCACAGAGGCCCUGGGUUCGGGUUCUCGCCCUGCCUCUGGAUGGUGAGCGAAUCUGUUGGUCAUCUCCGGCUUGAGCCCCAAGGUCCCGUCUGCGUCUUCUGGAAGAACCCUCUCCGGGUCCGUAAUCAUCAUCGUCCUCAGCAGCCCCGUCCAUUCCAUGAUGAACACCGCGACUGGCCCCACACAUAGUCAACACCCUCCUCGUCUCAUUUGGCGAGACAACGACAAAGACCACCGACGAAGCCCGC